GGAACUCCGCUGUGUGUUGGUGAGCUUGACAGCAGGAGGAUCAGCUGAUGGGAACUGACUCACCACUUCCCGGACUGCAUGAAAAAAAACAGCGAUCUGCUGUCAGCUGAAAGAACAACUAAAGAGAAGUUCGUCUGUUUGUGCUGAAGCUGCGAGCAGACUCUGGUGCUCUGAGGGACUCCAUGGUGGGCCUGCCGUCGCACAGUAAAGAUGUCCUCCUCCGUCCUGCGCCCUCCUAGGGAGGCGGCGGCGCUGCAGGUCAACUCGGCCACCGUUCCCGCUCUGGAGAUCAAACUGGGAGCUCUGGCGGUGCUGCUGUCCGUCACGCUGCUGUUCGGCUUCGCUCCGCUUUGCAUCGUCCGGGGGGCUGGACGCUGCAGCGUGGAUCCAGAUGUGCGUCGGCUGCUGCUCAGUCUGAUGAGCUGUUUUGCUGGAGGUGUUUUCUUUGCCACCUGCCUGCUGGACCUGCUGCCAGAUUACCUGCAGGGCAUCAGUGAGGCCUUCAGCAACGCCGGCAUCACGCUGCAUUUCCCUCUGCCGGAGUUCAUCGUGGCGAUGGGCUUCUUCCUGGUCCUGGUCCUGGAGCAGAUCGUCUUGGCCUUCAAGGAUCGGUCGUCUUCCCAGCAGGAGGAGCGUCGCACUCUGCUGGUCGACUCCAGCAUCCAGCGCCGCCGCCGGAGCUCUGCAGACUCCGACGGUCACAUCCACGUGGACCUGAGCUCACAGUCGGCCCUGCGCGCCUUCAUCCUGGUGUUCUCGCUGUCGCUGCACUCGGUGUUCGAGGGCCUGGCGGUGGGGCUGCUGGAGAACGCCGGGGACGUUCUUGAGAUUUGCCUGGCGAUGAUGAUCCACAAGAGCAUCGUGUCGUUCAGCCUGACCGUGAAACUGUCGCAGGGCCGGCUGCGGCGCUCAGCGGUGGCCGGCUGCCUGCUGCUGUUCGCCACCAUGUCGCCGCUGGGCAUCGCCGUGGGCAUCGCCCUCACGGAGACUAAGACGUCGCUGCAGCACCAGCUGGCCCGCUGCGCUCUGGAGGGGCUGGCGGGGGGAACCUUCUUCUACAUCACCUUCAUGGAGAUCCUGCCGCACGAGCUGGCCAACCCCGCCAACCGCAUCCCCAAGGUGGCCAUGCUGCUGGUGGGCUUCGCCGUGGUCACCGCCGUGCUCUUCAUCAAACUGUAACCGUGACAACGCCCACGUCGACAAACUCUUGUUUUAAUUUUUUAUCGCCAAUAUAUUUUUAGAUUCAUCACAUGUUCUAAAAAAUAAUUCACAGAAAUGAGAAGGUGCACCAAAGUCAGCCUGGAACUCUUAUUAAAUGCAAAUGAUAUAUUUUUAAUCUGUAUUUUUGAUGGCAAAAAGAAGAGAAUGGCACACCUUCACGUCCUGAAGUCCACUUUUUAUUUAAAAUUUUAUUUUUCAAAUUCAUUUGAACAAUUUUUGACCUUCCUGAGGCAUUUCCCACCAUUUCUUUUGGCAUUUUGGACAAUUUUGAGUUAUUUUAGACAAAUUCUGAGUAAUUUUGUACCAUUUUUGAGUAAUUUUAGAUAUUUUUUAAAAAUUAAUUUGGAAAAUUCUUGAGUCAUUUCAAUCUUUUGGAGGCAUUUUGCAUUAUUUUUGAGGCAUUUUGGACAAUUUGUGAGGUAUUUUGAACAGAUUUUUUUAAAAAAUUUGUUUUAGAAAAAUAUAUUUUGGAGCAUUUUUCAGCCCUUUGGGGCAGUUCUGAGUCAUUUUGGACAAUUUUUAAGCUACUCUUGACCAUUUUGAGCCCUUUUGGACUGUUCUGAGACACUUCAGACAAUUUCUGAGUAUUUAUUGGACUUGGUCAAAGCUGCUGAUUGGCUGAAAAGUAUCUCUGUGGAUCUGCACUCAAUUGCUCUUCCUUAAUGACUCAGAUGUGGGUCACAGUGUGGCACAAUCUGAGUCUGAACUUUUAAGAGCUGAAUCUGAAUCGUGGAAACUGAUUGUUGACAGUUGAAUUUUCAGUGAGUACCAAAUAUAUUUUCCAAAACUUGAGACCAAAACGUGUCCAAAAACAAUUAAAAAUUGUCCAAAAUGACUCAGUUUCUCCACAAAAUUAUACGACUGAAUUCAGUUUCAAACAAUUACAUUUAACUUCUAGUUUACUGGAUUUCAGUUCCAACUUAUUCAGUUUAGAUUCAGAUCUUAUUUACAAUAAAUUAAGUUGAAAAAUUCAAAUAUAAAUGAUUCAGUUUUCAGUGACACAUGUUUCUGCCCAUGUUGUUCUUCAUUACUGGUAGGGCUGCAACAAGUAAUCGAUUACUUAUCAUCAAUUAAACUAUUCUCCAAUUCAUUAAAUGGAUAUUUUUACACUACUAUUACAUCUAUACAUUUUACCUUUUUUAGCACAACAACUGACACCUAUUUUCACCCGUGAUGCUGAUCUGCUGAUUAUUUAUUUGAAUAUAUUCAUUGUUUUGUCUCUAAAAUAGCACCAGAUGAUGUAAAUGUCCAUCACAGUGCUGUAAAGCUAAAGGAGAUGUCUUCUCCACUUCUUUUGUUCAAUCAUUAGUCAGAAACUCAGUAAAAUUAAUUGCCAGCUGCUUUUUCUACAGACUAUAAUCAGUUAGACUAUUUUUUAUAUAUAAAGACAUUGUAAAUUCUGUGAUUGCAGCUUCUUAAAUGUGAAUAUCUUCUGAUUUCUUUCCUCCUCUAUGACAGUAAACUGAAUAUCUUUGGUCAAAACAAGACAUUUGAGGAAACACUGAUUCACAUUAUAUUGACACUGUGAGUGAACAGCUGAUCGAUUUGUUCAGAGAAUAAAACUUCCCCUCCUCGCUGGGAUCUCUCAGCAGUAUUAUCUGUCAAUUUCCUGGAAAUAAUACAAUUUAAACUUUUAAACUUCUUGAAAAUCCAAAACCAGACUCUGACCCUGCAGCUUUACAAAUAAAACUGUUUUCCUAAUAAAACAACCACAUUUCUAAUAAAUUUGCUUGAGUAUCAGCUGUUUCCACGGCGAUGUAAUCUGCCUCACAGCACAGCUUCCUUUAGUUUGUUUUGUAUAGAAGAGCUACAAGGACUGAGGCAUUAGAAAUGACUGAAAUUUAGGAGUUACUUGAAGGUUAAAAAAUGUCUGAGUGGAGAAGCUAAAAUGAGCUAAUAACAGCUGUGAGUGGUGAAGAGUUCAGAGUUCAGCUCAGCUUCAGGUUUCAGAUGUGAAUCUGUGACCUGAAUUCAUUUCAGAGGAAGAAACUGGAAUCCCAGCGAGCUGCUUGUUGUCAUUCCUGCAGGACUUGAUGGACUCGGACUGAUGAUGGAUGCUGAGGCGUUGCUAUGACGACAGCCAGGUGUUUGUGUCCUCUGCUGUGUGUUUCUGUGAUUAUUCCACCAAAAUCUGUUUCAUGACUGCAGGAUCUGAAACAUGUUUUGUACUGUGAUGAUUUGCUAGAGAAAAAAAAAUACUAAAAUAACGUGUCACAACUGUAAGAGAAUAUAAACAUUUUCAAGAAGAA